GCAGCAGGACCAGUCCCUAACUUUCCCUGUGUGCCCAGGAUUAUCGGGGGGACCUGCACACACACACCCAUGGAUGGGAUCCUGGCUCUCUGGGCGUGUGUGCUCACUGCUAAAGCAGUGGUUGGAUUUGGAACAGACCCCGAUUUACAAAUUGAUAUAAUAACGGAACUGGAUAUUGUAAAUACCACAAGGGGCGUAACGCAGGUCACUGGAUUGCACAAUGGGAGUAAAGCAUUUUUAUUUCACGAUGUGGAGCGGGAAUUUCACACUGCGCCUCAUACAAGUGAGAAGGUGAUACAAUUGUUUAGGAAUAAAAGUGAAUUUACUUUCUUGGCCUCCAUACAGCAACGAUCAUCAACAUCGGGUGUAAUAUUGUCCAUCCGUGAGCUAGAACACAGCUUCUUUGAGUUGGAAAGCAGCGGAUUGAGGGAUGAAAUCAGAUAUCACUACAGAUUUAAUGGCAAGUCAAGAACAGAGGCCUUCCCAUACCGGCUUGCAGAUGGACAGUGGCACAAAAUCGCGCUCACUGUCAGUGCAAACCAUGUCUCACUGCACGUGGACUGUAAUAGAAUUUAUGAACGUGUCAUUGAUGCCCCUGAAACAAAUCUUUCACCUGGAAGCAGUUUGUGGCUUGGACAGAGGAACCGCAAACAUGGCUUCUUUAAGGGAGUUAUUCAAGAUGUGAAGAUCAUUUUUAUGCCCAAUGGAUACCUAAUGCAAUGCCCAAAUCUAAAUCGCACUUGUCCAACCUGCAGCGAUUUCUUGAGUCUGGUACAAGGGAUCAUGGAUCUUCAGGAGCUACUUGCAAAGAUGACAGCCAAGCUAAAUUAUGCAGAAACAAGACUGAGCCAACUGGAAAGUUGCCACUGUGAGAAGACGUGCCAGGUCCAUGGAGUGAUAUUCAGGGACAAAGAGUCCUGGGUGGAUGAUGACUUUUGCCGGAAUUGCACCUGCAAGAAUGGUGCAGUGGAAUGUAGAAGAAUGCUGUGUCCACCUAUCAACUGUUCCUCAGACUCCCUCCCAGUCCAUGUCCCCGGACAAUGCUGCAAAAUCUGCAGACCCAAAUGUGUUUAUGGUGAUAAGGUGUUUUCGGAGGGCCAAAGGAUUCUGACCAGGAGUUGCAGAGAAUGUACGAAUGGUGUCUUAGAGAAGAUUGUAGAGCAGUGUCCUCCGUUAAACUGUUCUGAAGAGGAUAGAAUUUUGCCAGAGAACAGCUGUUGUCAUGUGUGUAAAGGGCAUAAUUUCUGCGCUGAAGGCUACAGAUGUGGCGAGAACUCACAAUGCAAGAACUGGGACACUAAAUCCACCUGUGAGUGCCGGAGUGGCUUUAUACCGAUACAAGGAGACCCGUCAUAUUGUGAAGAUGUUGAUGAAUGCGCUGCCAAGAUGCAUUACUGCCAUGCCAAUACUGUGUGCGUGAAUCUGCCAGGAACGUACCGCUGCGACUGCGCGCCUGGAUUCAUCCGAGUCGAUGACUUCUCCUGCACAGAACGCGAUGAAUGUGUCCGAGGCCAAGCCACUUGUGAUGUGAAUGCUAUCUGCGCCAACUCUGUCAGAGGGCACAGCUGUACCUGCAAGCCCGGAUAUGUGGGGAAUGGGACCGUCUGCUGGGCUUUCUGCGAAGAAGGUUGUAGAUAUGGCGGAACAUGUGUUGCUCCUAAUAAAUGUGCCUGUCCUCCUGGAUUCACAGGAAGUCACUGCGAGAAAGAUAUUGAUGAGUGCGCAGAGGGGAUCAUUACGUGUCACAACCAUUCUCGUUGCACUAAUCUCCCGGGGUGGUACCACUGCGAGUGCAGACGUGGUUUCAGUGACAACGGGACCUACUCAUUAUCUGGGGAGUCCUGUGUCGAUAUCAAUGAAUGUGCCUUAAAAACACACACGUGUUGGAACGACUCGGCUUGUGUAAACCUGGAAGGGGGAUUUGAUUGCCUAUGUCCAUCUGGACCAUCUUGCACAGGAGACUGCCCUCACGAGGGAGCACUGAAAAGGAACGGGCAAGUGUGGACCCUCAAAGAAGACAGGUGUUCGGUGUGUUCAUGCAAGGAUGGGAAAAUAUUUUGUCGAAGGACAGCUUGUGAUUGCCAGAAUCCCAGUGUGGACCUUUUCUGCUGUCCAGAGUGUGACACUCGAGUCACCAGUCAGUGUUUGGAUCAAGAUGGACACAAACUUUACCACAGUGGUGAUAACUGGACUUAUGAAUGCCAACAGUGCCGUUGCAUGGAAGGAGAGGUGGACUGCUGGCCCAUGACAUGUCCGACCCUAAAUUGCGAAUAUACUGCAGUUUCUGAAGGUGAAUGCUGUCCGCACUGUGUAGAAGAUCCCUGCUUAGCAGACAAUGUCACUUAUGACAUAAAAAAAACCUGCCAAGACAAUCAUGGAAUAGCACGGCUCAGUGGAGCUGUGUGGACGAUGGUGGGAUCUCCAUGUACAACAUGCAAAUGCAAGAAUGGAAGUGUCUGCUGCUCCGUGGAUCUAGAAUGUCUGUACAAUAACUAAACUUUAACCAAGGGACUCUCGUGGGAGACAAAUUCUGAUGCAGUUUCCAUGGAUAACUGAGAAAGUGAACAAGUCAGUGUUUUAUAAAAGAGACACUCGCCAAAGGAGGAGAUCUGGGACCUUAUGCUAUGUUUCCUCUAGCUAAUCUCGUUUAGGUGGCCUCCAGCUAAGCGAGCAAAAAGUUAGAAGAUCUUAACCAUUUUUCUGCCAUGUCAUCAUUUUCAAGGCUGUUGCCGCAGCAGCGAAGUGGUUAACAAUCUCAAUGUUGUGACCCACAGACUUUACUUGUUACAUUGGCAAAUAUUUUUAAUUUAUUUAUAGUAAAACGUUGAUGUAUAUUCAUUUUCUCUUUGCGUGCAGACAUCAGGGUCAAAGAGAUUUUAUUUUGGGGGGAUGGAAUGGAGUGAACUACAAAAUAGGGCUGUUUGGUGUCUGUCAUUCAUCUCAAACUUAGUUCUAAGGUCCCUGUCUGAUGUAUUGAUGAAAAUAUGUAUGUAUGUACAGUAUAAUUGCAUAGUACCUCUGUUUCAUUGCUGUAAAUUCAAAGAAAAUAGAGUAACACAAGCUUUUCUUAUAUCGGGGGAAAACGGUCUCCGAUCAAACACAAGAACUAAUAACAGGACAUUAGCAAUCUAAUGAUGUAUUCUUCAUUCCUGUGUGACGGCGUUGGUAUUGAGCACCGGCAUACAGCACCGGCACCCCGAGCCAUGAUAGGCCAACACUGACCGGGUUCACAAGACAAACUAAGCUCUCUGUGAAAUGGUUCUCCAUCAUGUAUGUUUUUUUGCAAAUCAAAUUCAUUUUCAACCUUAGUACAAUGCAAACAUUAAAAAGGUCACCUAUCAUAAAUCUGAAUCCAGCAUUAGUUCCGCACCACAAAGGACAUCCAAGACAUAAGAAGGAAAGCAAAGAGGUAACACGCAGAGACACUGUUUAUAAUUUAAUAAUAUAAUUUAACAAUCUAUUGAACUAUGCGAGAAUUAUUUUCACCAAACAGUUAUUUUCCAAAUGUCAUAUAUAACAAUGAUAUUAGGGGACU